CUCUCGUUCGAGCGUGCACAGGCAUCGGUCAGGAAGCAGUCCUAGCGCAAGUUGAAGCUGCAGCUGUUCCAAUUUUUCGUCCAGUACCGAUUUAUCUCGGUUCAUUCUGUAGGCAUGACUUACUACGAUCCAGCACCUUACCAAUCAGCCUCAGCAUAUGGCCAGCCGGCGUAUGGCGAAACGCCAUACGGUCAAGCGCCAUACGGCCAGGAGCCAUACGGACAAACGCCAUACGACCAGACGGCGUACAGCCAGAUGCCGUACGGCCAGACGGCAUACGAAUCGGCGACGUCCAGCACGUACGGACAGAUAGCUACCGCCAAAGGUAUAUGGAAUGACGAGAAGAACGACGACCGGAGCUUCGCCGCGGCGGCAACAGCCGUGUGCGCCACGAUCGUCUUCCUCGUAUCAGUGUGCGCACUGAUCGUGCUCUUCGCUUUCAAUUCAGAUUCUUCCUAUACGACCGAGACGGGCGAUACCGCGGCUUUCGGCACCAACGUCAUGCAAGGCAGCGAUGUCGUGGUAGUGAUGAAGAAAGUGAACACACCAGCGACGACUGCGGCAAUGACUCCUGCGACGACUGCGGCUACCACUCCUGCGAUGACUGCGGCAAUGACUCCUGCGACGACUGCGGCAACCACUCCUGCGAUGACUGCGGCUACCACUCCUGUGACGAUUGCGGCAACCACUCCUGUGACGAUUGCGGCAACCACUCCUGUGACGACUCCGGCAACCACUCCUGCGACGACUCCGGCAACCACUCCUGCGACGACUGCGGCUACCACUGAGGAAAGGGCCACCACAGAGAAAACUGAGACGCCUACUGCGUCAACAGCCGCACCCGCAGAAAAGAUUGACGACCGGCCCCUGGUGUGCACUAUGGGCGCGAGGCUCAAGUCGACGCAGAUGUUCCCGCCGGAUGGUUUGUGCGAGUACAUCUUCUUCGACUCGCUGCACAAGGGCGGCCGCAACCGCCUGGACGCGCCCGGACGCUACGAUACCAACUUGCAAACCUUCCUCGGCGCAGCCCAAAUGCACCAAAUCACGGCGUUCGGAAUCGGCAUUUCCUACGAUGUUUCCCAGUCGGUGGAGACCUUCCUAAACAACAAGAUUGUGAGCUUCAAACCACUGAAACCCUUCUGGGAUCACUCUAUCUACCACCUCGGUAUCCUGGACACCGCUACCGUGGACCCGAGGGAAAUUGACGUAAUACAUGCCCUGGGGUGCCUCAAGCUCCUGCGUGACCAUUACUCCCAGGAAAUCAUCGCCAAGGGCAUCAAGAUCUUCACGUUUUUUGCAGCAAGUGCUCCAAACCACACCUGGCUUAGCUUCUACAUGAAGAAAUUCACGAACUUGUUCGCGCCGGACGUGUUCAUCGGUCUGGGCCACUACCCGCGUGGAGACAACACCUUGCCCGGUUGUUUCGUCGUACCACCGACGCUGCUGGAGCAACCUCAGGAAAUCGGAAGCAGUUACCAGCAUGAUAUGACGUGGGCGCUCGUGAGUUUCUCUUGGCUGUCGUUGUCAACUCUGACCCUGAAGUAUGCGCUGUCGGUGACCAUGAAGGGUCGUUUGGCGGUCCCUGAGGUUCCGGCCCAGUACGGUUUCUUCACGCCGUGCAUUACCAACCAGAGCAUUGAUUCGUUCGCCAGCGUCACCGACGUGUGCAAGAAUCCGAACUUCAGGUCGACACCGACUUACGAACCUACCGUGGACGCGACGCAAAUUCGCCACGUCACCGGGGCCACAGUGUUCUCUUACGACGACCGAGUAGGACUGUGCACGAAGCUAUGCACCAUCCAGGCAGUGGAUCCCACCGUGAAAUUCGGCAUCGCCGUUUUCGACCUCGACUACGCGGACUUUGCGAACACCUGUGGAUCGAAGGACGGGCCAUUCUCAAGACUGCACCUGCUCCGCAGCGUGCUCAACUUUUUCCGGACCAGGUACACGACCGAAUCAGACAUGGCAGACUGUGUGAACCUGGCCACGUGACCUACGUGUGCUUCGGAGGAAUGAAUGCAUAGUGUACAUCAGGCGCCCUCCAAUCUAUCCGGGUGCCGUUCCUCAUUUAGCGAUUAAAAAAACAACAAACGCUUGCUGCGCUAAA